ACCGAAUUCUUUGCCAUAUUUUCCGAUGGAUACAAAAUGUCAAGAUCACAUUUUAAUAUCGUGGUUGAUAAGCUGAUAUCAAUAGUAGAAGUUGCACUAAAUAGGCAUCAAAAUUUCUAUGUCAUAUUAGGAUAUGCGCCCCUAAAUCUGGAAAAUAAAAUUGGCCCAAAAUUAUUCAACAGAAUAUGCUGAGAAUUCUAUUGCUUCAAGCCUCACUUUUAUACUUACCAAUUUUCAUCACGCCAAGCAUAUGCCAUUUAAUAUCCUCUCUUUUUUCUCAAAUAAAAAUCCCCUAACCCCCCCUCUUGCCCUUCAUCACAAUUUUCACACACACAACACACUUGUUACAUCAUUUCUUCACUUCUUGUUCUUGGGGAAAAAUAAAACAACAUAUAUAUAUGAAGUUUGGUAAGAGAUUGAAGCAACAAAUGGAUCAAAGUUUGGGAGAUUGGCGUGACAAGUUUUUGUCAUAUAAAGAAUUGAAGAAAAUGGUGAAUUUGAUAUCAUCAAAAGGAGCAUUGGAGUAUGAUGCCCAAUUUUUGAACCUUCUUGAUCAUGAGAUCGACAAAUUUAAUGCCUUUUUCAUAGAGCAAGAAGAGGACUUCAUCAUUCGGCAUAAGGAAUUACAAGAGAGAAUUUCCCAAGUGAUACAUAAAUGGGGACCUCAACCUUCACACAUGGAAUAUAAAGAGGAGAUGACUAAUAUUAGAAAACAAAUUGUCAAUUUCCAUGGGGAAAUGGUCCUCUUAAUCAAUUAUAGCAACAUUAACUAUACCGGGUUAGGUAAGAUCGUGAAGAAAUAUGAAAAGAGAACGGGUGGAGUGUUACGAGUUCACUUUAUAGAGAGAGUUUGGGAACAACCAUUCUUCACCACCGAUCUAAUUUCAAAGCUCGUCAAAGACUGUGAAACCACCAUAGAAACGGUGUUGCCACCGUCCACAGCCACCGGAAUAUUCCACGAGGAGGAGGCUGCGAAAGCUAUUUUUCGUAACUCGGUGGCGGCACUUCUCAGCAUGCAGGAAAUGAGAAGAGGGAGCUCAACUUACAGCCAAUUCUCACUCCCACCAUUAAAUCUGCCUGAUUUUGAACUCAUUCAGUCCUUGCAACUUAUUUCCCCUAUACAAAUCCAUCAUGUAUAAAUCAUUAUACAUUAAAUUUGGAUUUUCUUUCUUUAAUAGCUUAGAUUGACAUCUUUAGAGCUCUAGUUUGGUUGUUUUUAUCUCGUUAAUGCAUAGUAUUGUGAAGUGUCUGAAGUUA